AUGUCAAUGAAUGAAUCUCGAGUGACAGAAUUUGUGUUGCUGGGACUCUCCAGUUCCAAGGAGCUCCAACCCUUUCUGUUUCUCAUAUUCUCAGUACUCUACCUGUCCAUAUUACUGGGAAACUUUCUCAUCAUCUUGACUGUGAUCUCAGACUCCCGGCUCCACACUCCCAUGUACUUUCUGCUUGCAAAUCUCUCCUUCAUAGAUGUAUGUGUUGCCUCAUUUGCUACCCCAAAAAUGAUUGCGGACUUUAUGGUUGAACACAAGACUAUUUCUUUUGAAUCUUGCUUGGUCCAAAUUUUCUGUGUGCAUCAAUUUGCAGGCAGUGAAAUGGUAAUUCUUGUAUCCAUGGCCUAUGACCGCUAUGUCGCAAUAUGUAAGCCUCUCCACUAUAUGACAAUCAUGAGCCGCCGAGUGUGUAUUAUUCUUGUAAUUGUUCCGUGGUGUGUGGGCUUCAUCCACACUACCAGCCAGCUGGCAUUCACUGUCAACUUGCCUUUUUGUGGCCCUAAUCAGGUUGACAGUUUUUUCUGUGACCUCCCUUUAGUGACAAAACUAGCCUGCACAGAUACUUAUGUGAUCAGCUUACUAAUAGUUGCAGACAGUGGCUUUCUUUCGUUAAGUUCCUUUCUCCUCUUGGUUGUCUCCUACACUGUGAUACUCACCACAGUGUGGAAUCGCUCCUCUGCUGGCAUGGCCAAGGCCCGCAACACACUAACUGCUCACAUCACUGUAGUAGUACUAUUCUUCGGACCGUGUAUUUUCAUCUAUGUGUGGCCGUUUAGUGGUUAUUCAGUUGACAAAGUGCUUGCUGUAUUCUAUACCAUCUUUACUCCCAUUUUAAACCCAGUUAUUUAUACCCUAAGAAACAAAGAUAUGAAAGCAGCUAUGUCAAAAUUAAAGAGUCGAUAUUUGAAGCCUAGUCAAGUUUCUGUAGUUUUAAGAAAUGUUCUUUUUUCUGGAAACAAAAUUAAGAACUGA